AUGUGCGCGCGAUCGACCGCACAGGUCUUAAAACGUUUGUGUCUUAUCAUUUUUUCGUGGUUUCGUUCCAGAAUGGGCGCCGCAGAGGUACUGGACGAAUUUCCGCAGCCCGCGGUCCCGGACGACGGGUCUCCGCGGAGGCGGCGGCGGGAGCAGCAGCAGCAGGAAAAGCAGCACCGUGAAGACGGAAAAUGUAAUGACGCCCACGACGAAGAGGAGGUGCUGACCAUCGAACAGGCUCGGGCCGUGAUAAAACAGCUGAGAGACAGAUGCCGGUUCCAGACUCAUCAGACGCUGUUGUGGCGGAAAAAAGCCAAAAUGCAGGAAGAACGGCUGGUGCAGAUGAGUUCGGAGUACGGGUCUCGGCUGGAGUCGUUGACUUCGGACCUGCUACUGUUUGAGUCUCGGCUGAGCCGCAAGCAGCGGACCAUCGGCGAGCUGCUUGACCAGCGAGAGGCGGUCAUCGAGCGGCAACAGCACGCCAUCAGGUGCCUGCACUCCAGGCUCGCCGACUUCGGCGUGACCGCGCCGGUGUCCGGAUGCUGUGGCGGCGGCGGAGACGGAGGCGGAGGUCCGACGUCCGACGACGGCAACGUGGACGACAGCGACAGUGCCGUGAUCAUGGAGGAGGAUGAGUCGGGCAACAGCCAAGAGGACGCGUCCGAACGGCCACCUCAUGCCCGGACGGACCGGCGACGGGCGUCGGUGGCUUCGGCGUCGGACGGCUCGGCGGACGGCCGUCUGCCGGCGGAAGACGGACGGGAAACUGACGGUCGGGGUGCCGAGAACGAGACCGCGACCACGUACAACCGGGUGAUGAGCAACCACCGGUCGGUGACCAAGCCGAAGGACGUCAAGUACAAGCGCAUCAACAAGGCCAAGUCCAAGUCUUUGGAAGAGCUCCGGGGCCGGCUGAAGAACUGGGUGGACCGCGGCCAGCGCAUGUCACUCACCGUCGACCCCACGUACGGGUGA